AUGAUUACUGGAGUUUGGAACCGGAGGAUCUGGUUCGCCAUCCAAAUAGGGAAAGCGGUCCAAGCACUUCACUCGUCGAACCUGCCGGCGAUUCACCGGGACAUAAAGUCCUCCGUCAAUCGACGAGAAUUGGAACGCCAGGCUGGGGGAUUUCUGAUUGGCCCCGAGUGGACAUGUGGAGGCCGUACGAAUAUCGUGCGGAAAGGGUGCACGAAAUUGCCUGAAUUUAGCUUUUUCAUCUUGGGAGAUGAAUAUUGUCCUCAUUUGAGAGCUCCAGUAGUCAUAGUGUUCUCCAUUGAAAAUAGGGACUUGCUUAGAUGUAUAGGCAAAGAAGAUGUCUCCACAAUUUGCUGUCAUGGUACAUUGCAGGAGAGUGUUUCUAACUUGAGGAAAAAGAUUUCUUUUAUCCAUAAAUUACAAAUUAACUUUCGACCAAGGAUUGAGAAGUUUUACUCGUUUGUGUAUUGUCAAAUUGCAGCUACUAUGGCUUUAGCAGCCACUUUUUCCUUCAAGAAUCAAUGUAUCGACACAGUGUGGGCCGCAAUUAUCUCCCACAAUGGUCCCACCCUCGGGGGCGGCGGUUUUCCCUUGGCACCGGGAAAAUUGGUCAUUCUCAAUGCCUACCCUGGCUGGUCUGGCAGGGUCUGGGCCCGAACUGGAUGCAACUUCGACUCCUGGGGCAACGGUUACUGCUCCACCGGUGAUUGUGGCUCACUGAAUUGCAGCGGAGUUGGCCAGCCACCUUUCACGUUAGCCGAGUUCAUCACCGCAUUGGAACCCACCGACAAUAACGUCUACACUGUCUACUUGACCGACGGCUACAACGUUGGCAUGCGCAUCAAUGUCACCGGCGGAACAAGUGACUGCCAGUACGCGGGCUGCAUCGCCGACUUGAACUGUCCCCCGGAGUUGCAGGUGGUUAAUGUCUUUGGCUCGGUGGUCGGGUGCAAGAGCGCGUGCGAGGCGUUCAACGCGGCCGAGUUUUGUUGCUCCGACGACUACUCGACGCCACAAACUUGCUCGCGGACUCAGUACUCAGAGAUGUUCAAGAAAGCGUGUCCGAACGCGUAUAGCUACCCUUACGAUGAUGUUUCAAGCCGUUUCACGUGCUCUGGGUCGAAUAUCUUGAUAACGUUUUGUCCAAAAGAGUUGUGAUCAUGAUUCCAGAUUACAGGGACGUUAUCUUCUUCGUUUAUGGUUUUGUUAUUGGGUUUGGUAUAAUUGGAUGGAAAAAUAAUUUAUUGUAAGAAUAUGGUGAUGUCUUUUCUUUUCUUUUCUUUUUUCUUGGUUUUCAAGAGCAUUUCCCCCACCUUCAAUACUAGUAAGAUUCUGUUA